CAUAUCGAACCAUGACGCCCUUUGACGUAGUAAGGUCCAAAAGUUUCGGUCCAAAAGACGGUGAUGUUUUAAUCCCAGAACAAUGUAUAUCAAAUUGUUUGAUAGGUGAUUGCGUGACAACUGUAAAGAAUAAUAGAGGUAUAAUAGAAGUGUCAAAUUUAUCGCGUCAUGAUUAAGUGUUUUCGAUAGACCGCCCUGUUCAAGCAGAGAUGUUUAACGUUCAGCGCAUGCGUACCAAACAGUAUUCCAAUCGCGUAAAAAAAGUUUUAUCGCGCUUGCGGACAACCCAUGGGAACCCCGAAGAAAAAGCCAAUUUAGAAUCACUUUGAUCUCAGUAUGCCGAUGGAUUUUACAUUGAAGGUGAACCACUAUCCUUCACCAAUAAAGUAAAGCACUCCAUCCGGACGACAGACGAAAUGCCAAUUUAUACAAAAAGUUACAGAUAUCCAUUUAUACAUAAACAAGAAGUUCAGGAACAAAUCUCUAAAAUGUUAAAACAGAAUAUUAUUCGUACUUCACAUUCUGCAUGGAGCUCCCCCAUCUGGGUUGUUCCCAAAAAAGCCGACGCUAGUGGAAAAGCAAAGUGGCGCUUAGUAAUAGACUUUAGAAAGUUAAGCGAAAAAACAAUAGAUGAUCGUUAUGAUAUAACUCGGAGGUAGCACUGAGAGUGGUCACGAAAUUUGAUCUCUGUGUUAAAUAAUUAGAAACAAUCGUUAAAAGUAUUUAUUCACAAAGUUUUAAAUGAAAUUACACAUUUAACACUCACUGCCUGCCGUUUCUGUGGUAUCCAAUUAAUAGUUUAAAACCACAAAGCAAUUAUCAUCAUGGAAGCUCUACAGGGGUCAAUGUCCGACAUGAUGAAAAGUUUCCAUGACCGCAUGUCCAUGUUCGAGGCGGAGUCGAAACAGUCCCCAAAUUCAGCCGCCACUUUGGCGGCAGACUUCGCAGCAUUUAGGAUGAUGGUAACAGAAGUCCUCAGUUGCCUCCAAGGACAAAUGGAGGCACUCGCUCGAGACGUGACUCGUUAGAGAUCACAAGAUCGGGGUCGCCGAAAAAUACUCCUCCUGCAUGGUGUUCCUGAACAGUCUAAAGAGGAUACUGCCCAGGUGGUUGCUGGCGUGAUGCUGGAGCACGUAAAAAUUGCAGACUUCCCUACGGUUGCUGCCGUACGGAGGUGCCAUAGGAUGGGCCGCAAUAACAACGGAAGCAAACCACGACCAAUACUCCUCAAGUUAAGGGACGUGGAAGUUCGAGAUAGGAUUUGGUUCGAAAAGACGAAGUUGAAGGGUUCCGGCAUCACUUUGUCAGAAUUUCUGACGAAGACGCGGCACGACGCUUUCAUGAUGGCACGUGAGAAGUUCGGCAUCUCCAACUGCUGGACACGGCGAGGCGAGGUGUUUGUACUGGGUGCCGACGGUACCAAGCGCCGGGUUCUCAACACGCGAGAUGUUAUUGCGGUAGCUGAUUCUCCAGAGGGCCUAGAGAAUCAGCUCCCUGUCAAGCAUGUCGCAACAUCUCCAGCUUCUGUGUUGCCCGCCAUAGUCGCUGCUGCUGUACCACGAAAGAAGAGGGCUGUGGCAGUUAAGAAAUAGUGGUUGCAGCUAUAUUCCGAGUGCGCAUGGCUGCUUCACGGUAACCUUUUACUUUGUCCGUAUUUCAUAAUUUUAGUAAUUAAUUAAUAUUAGAUUUUAUUUCA